AUAUAUAUAAAAAAAGGGACAAAAUUUACAAACAUCUUCAACAGUACUUUUGGAUUAUACACAAGAUCGCUAUACAUAUGGGAAAUUCUAUAUAAAUAGAAUAAAUAUAGUAUUUGAGUUGAGAGGAGGAUAUAUAAAUAUAUACAUAUAUAGCAAGGAAUUAAUAUAGAAUCAUGGCAUUGGCAGGCACAAUUUUGGGAACUGAAAAAAAAAGUAGCAUUAUCAUCUCAAAUAGCACAGAUGUUUUUGAGAAGGGGUGUUUUGAAAUUAAAUCCAAUUUUUUUGAGCCAAGACUGGUUUCGUGGGCUACUUUUUCACCUCCAAAACAACUAUUCAUCGUGAGUCCAACAAAGGAGGGCACUUAUCCUGUAGUGUUGUUUUUCCAUGGAUUCUUACUCGAAAACAAAUUCUAUGAAGAUCUACUCCACCACAUAUCCUCCCAUGGACUUAUACUAGUUGCCCCUCAGUUGUACGAGUUAAUUCCUCCGUCUGGACCGGAAGAAAUUGAAUCAGCAGCAGAAGUGAUCAAUUGGUUAGAAGAAGGUCUCCAACCUUUGAUUAAUGAUUUGGUCAAUAAUAAUAAUAAAGUGGUUGCAGACUUAACAACGGUUGCCCUAGCCGGCCAUAGUAGAGGUGGAAAAGCCGCAUUUGCCCUAGCUCUAGGAAAAUCUGAAGUGAAAUGUAACCUUAAGUUUUCAGUACUAGUAGGGGUAGAUCCUGUGGAAGGGUCUAGCAUGAGGAACCGAACUGAGCCUCACAUCCUUACAUACGUGCCGCGCUCUUUAGACCUAUGUAUUCCGGUGGCGGUUAUAGGGACCGGGCUUGGCUCGGAGAGGAGGAAGCCCUAUAUGCCGGCGUGUGCUCCAGAUGGGCUGAACCAUGCAGAGUUCUUCAACGAGUGCAAGCCCCCAUGUGCAUAUUUUGUGGCCAAAGACUUCGGCCACAUGGACAUGUUGGUUGAUCGUCCUGGAGGAAUUGAUGGGGCAAUUGCAAAUUGUAUGUGUAAGAAUGGAACAAGUCCAAGAGAUCUUAUGAGGAGGUCAGUGGGUGGUAUUUUGGUAGCUUUUUUAAGGGCUUAUGUGGGUGGUGAUCAUAAGGAUCUAGCAGCUAUUGUUGGUGAUCCAACUCUUGCCCCAACAACUCUUGAUCCUGUCAACUUUGUUCCAGCUUAAAUAUUAGUCGUACUAUAAUGUCUUACAUUAAUAUCACUAGGAUACGUAUUAAUAAUUUUAUCAGUUCAAUAAAAACUCUCAUGAUUAUGUAAACUAAUUAUGAGAGUGCUGUUGCAUGUUAUUAUUAGUUAAAUAUAUAAAUAAAGUGUACAAUAGAGUACACAUCUUUAUGUGGAAGAUAAUAUAUUCUUCGUUUGUUGGUGCAAAA